CCAAGUUUCAAUCGCCGUAGCUACAGAGAAUAAAGCCGCUGAAGGGGAAAAAUGACAGCAACGGAGUUACAGUUACCCCCUGGCUUUAGGUUCCAUCCAACGGAUGAGGAGCUCGUCAUGCUCUACCUCUGCCGUAAAUGCGCAUCGCAGCCAAUCGCCGCCCCGAUUAUCGCCGAAAUCGACCUUUACAAAUACGAUCCAUGGGACCUUCCUGAAUUGGCCUUGUACGGCGAGAAAGAGUGGUAUUUCUUUUCGCCGAGGGACAGGAAAUAUCCAAACGGUUCGAGGCCGAACCGUGCGGCUGGAUCUGGGUAUUGGAAGGCAACCGGAGCUGAUAAGCCGAUUGGAAAGCCGAAACCAGUCGGUAUUAAGAAGGCUUUGGUGUUUUACGCUGGGAAAGCACCUAAAGGAGAGAAAACUAAUUGGAUUAUGCACGAGUAUCGUUUAGCUGACGUCGACCGGUCGGCUCGAAACAAGAACAGCUUAAGGUUGGAUGAUUGGGUGCUGUGCCGGAUUUACAAUAAGAAAGGUAGCAUCGAGAAACAAACCCCACAGGCUAGAUUCAACCAGACCGUGGACAAGAAGCCGGAUAUUGCCGCACUGGAGAUGGACAAGUGUGGGCUUCACCUGGCUCCGACAGGUACAAUUAACGACGUCGUUUAUUUCGACACGUCCGAGUCGGUCCCGAAGCUUCACACGGACUCGAGCUGUUCGGAGCACGUGGUGUCUCCGGAGUUCACGUGCGAGGUACAAAGCGAGCCCAAACGGAGAGAGUGGCAGAAUGCGAACUCCAAUACUAGUCUUGACUUCCAGUAUAAUUACAUGGAUGCCACUGUAGAUACCGGGUUCACUUCGGAGUUCCAGAGUAGUAAUCACCUAUCGCCGCUGCAGGAUAUAUUCAUGUACCCACAGAAGCCGUUUUAAAAUGAAGGGUGGAUUUAGAAAA